AUGUCGCAGCAGCACCUCUCCGUCUCCGUGUUGUCUAAACGCUGUGUACAGGGCCGGUAUCUAUUCUAUAUAACAAUCAACUCGAAGAGGGAGAAACAUGAUGCAAUCACUGAAUACAAUGGCCUGCAAGCUUUCAGACAUGUACGCAAGGGGGCCCAAAUCAAGGGACUAAAAAUCCAGGAGCCCUCGAGUGAUCACGGCGAUCGGGAGAAAGUGAGAGCUUCAAGGCUCCGAGGAGUCGGCGCAUAUCGCCGUCGAGAAAAGCGCUGUAUAUUCGCACCGUUUCAUGGUACAUGCGGAAGCGACUCCAACUACAAUACAGACAUAUGCUUGCGGCCUCCUACAGUUCAUUUAUCAUUCAUUUGGUACUCAUCACUGGUUGCACGCAAAAGCAUGGGCGGCACGCGCUACGCAACAUCGGAAAUGAAGAAGGAUGUCCCUGAUUCCUGGCCUUGA